UUUUUUUUUUGUUUUUGUUUUUUAAUGAGCACAGUUCGUCUCGGCGCUAGCGAUGGGUCGCAGCGGGGAGCUGAGUGACUUCCAGCGGGGCACCGUGGUCGGAUGCCAUAUGUGCAAAAAGUCCCUGCGGGAGAUCGCCACCUUGCUCAACCUUCCGCGCUCCACCGUCAACAACGUUAUUGUGCAAUGGAAGCGAGAGGGCCGGACGUGCCCGCUGCCUCGCUGCGGCCGGCCGCACAAGCUCAAGGAGGAGCACCGGCAGGUUCUGGAGCGGAUGGCCCAAGAACAGACCUUCCCGUCCCUGCAGGCGCUCGCCGCGGAGUUCCGGCGAGCUUCCGGGGCCAACGUCAGCGCGGCCACCGUCAGCAGGGAGCUCCGGGAGAUGGGCCUCAGCCGGCGGUCGUCCUCCGAAGGCAAGGCCAAAGAAAGGAAGAAAGCACAAAAGGUGGCCGAAGUCUCCGUUGAGGACAAAGCAGAGUUGGAUGGACAAGACCAAAUGGAUGUGUCCCACCUGGACCUGCGGGCGGGCUGCAUCAUCAGGACCAUGCCGCUCCCGGGAACGGACGGCUUGUACUUGCAGCACGUGGAUGUCGGCGAGGCUCACCCGAGAACGGUGGUCGGCGAGUGCGCGGCUGUCAACCAGUUACAGAACUGCAUGGCUGUCCUACUGUGCAACCUGAAGCCCACGCAGGUGAGAGGCGUGGCGUCGCAGGCCGUGGUCGUGUGCGUAAGGUCGCCGGGCAGCGUGGAGAUCCUCGCGCCUCCUAACGGAGCCGUCCCUGGCGAUAGAGUCACCAUCCAUGGGUUUACAGGAGACCCAGACAAGGAGCUGGACUCCGCCAAGGUCUGCGAGCACAUUGGCUCAGACUUGCGCACAGACGGCCAGUGCGUGGCCACCUACAAGGGUGUGCCCCUGGAGGUCGUGGGCAAGGGCGUGUGUCGAGCGCCCACCUUGAGCAACUGUGUGGUCUUCCUGACCAACGGAGGAGCUGCAUGAAGGCGAGACAGACACUUAAACUGGAAACUUUGACAACAUUCCCAUCGGAAGGAGAGGUUUUUGUUUUUUUUGUAUCUUCACUUUAGAAUCAUAUUGUUUUCAGCAACAAUGUGUUUAUGCGCCAUAUAUUUUCUCUUGACUUUACCGUAUUUACUCCAUUCCAGUCGUUACUGUGCCUCAAUUAAUACUUAACUACUUCCCCUUUGUGUUAAAACAGACUUAACGGAGUGCCAUUCGAUAAUAUGACAGCCAAGCAGUGAUGUUUGGCAUGCGAUACGGUUUGCAGAAUGAUAUUGGUGUGGUCUUAAACACUUACCACUCAGAAAUGAGUUGUAGGUAACUAAAAACUGCAAUUACCUCGAUCCAGUCAAGAGUGUCAAGAUCCUCCCUGAUCAAAAAAAAAAAAAAAAAAUCACAAAAUUAAACGCCUUACUUGAAGCAAAUAGAUUCCUCCUCGUCUCAAAAAUGAAAGAUGAUGCCAUGAAAUAACCGUAAUCACCCUGACCACAGACAAGCAGUACAAAUGAGCCUUCAAUACUGAAAACAAAAUGCACACUUGUAUGAUAAAGUCUGAACAUAAAUGCCUUGCUUCCAAUAAAAAGUUCAUCUUGAAAGAGAACAGGAGGCGCUAUUGAGUAACUAUCACCUCUAUCCUAUUUUUGAGUAGCUACCCCGCCCCCGCCCCAAAAAACCCCCAACAACAACAUUUGAGCAAAUAUAAAUGCCUCGCUUCCAAUAAGUUUCUGGUGAAAUGGACUUUUGAACUGUCUUUGUGAGGCAAGCUGAAUCAGCAUUUCAUCAUCAAUGGACACAAAAGUAGAAACAACUAACGUGGCACUUUGUCGAUUGAUCAAACUCUACGCAAAAGAAAAGCCUUUGUGCAAAAUUGAAUGCCUUACUUCAAAUAAAGGCCUCGUAGUUGUUGCAAUUUGCGUUUGUGGAGGAGAUACGUUGUCUAUAGUUAUCUUUUUGUCACUAAUUUAUAGUGUGUCAUUUAUUGUCAUGUUUACUAUCUACUGGCAACAUUUUCUGCUUUGUGAUGUAAAGAAUGUAAGGAUUGAAUCAAUUAAAGUUGUCGCUAAUCAAGGUUUUUUUUUUUUUUUUU